CUCUAGUGAAAUAAAAUUGAAAAAACCUUUUUAUAAGCAAUUAAGACUCAUUAUAUUUUGCAACAGAAGUUUACCAACUUAAUGCGAUAUUUAUCAUUGAAAAAACGAAGGAGGGGAAGCGUUUAAACGUCGUUCGCUGCACAAAAAAAGAAAAAAAGUUCGUCAUAAAAUAUUUAAAGUUAUUUUUGUUGGAAUAAUUAUACCAUUUUGAAACAGAAAAUAAUCUGUGGUCAAUAAUUAAUUGAGCAGUCAGCUUAAUUAGUUUCUAUAUUAUAAACACACAAAAUACAGCGUAAUGAGCAGAGAAAGAAGUAGUUCCCAGCCUUCCCACUUCAAUGGAAAUGAUAUUUGCGAAAGACAAAUUUCCGCUGUUUCCACAGAAAGCAAGGAAGAUGGUCCCAGAUGGGGGAAUCGCCGGCAGUUUAUUCUUAGUUGCAUUGGUUACACAGUUGGACUAGGCAACUUUUGGAGAUUCCCGUGGUUGGUUAAAGAAUAUGGCGGAGGAGCAUUUUUGAUUGCAUAUAUUCUUUUCUUCGUAUUGGUGGGAGUACCGGUUGUUUACUUGGAGCUAGCCGUUGGGCGGUUGAUGAGAACCCAUACGAUUCAAACAUGGAAGAAAGUUUCAAAUUAUGCUGCCGGUAUCGGCAUGACCAGUAUCUUGGUGUCUUUUAUGAUAUGUACCUACUACAUCGUGGUGGUAGCCUGGUGCUUCCUGUAUUUCAUUUCAUCGUUCCAGUAUCCUCUACCAUGGUCGUCCUGUCCCAUGGAAACAUCAGGCAACGUUUCAAGAAUGAACAUCGAAUGUAAUAUCUCUGAUCCAGUCACUUAUCAUUGGUUUCGAAUUAAAUUAGACAUUUCAGAAUCAAUCAGUGAAGGUUGGACACUACACGGGGGCGUCACAAUAAGUUAUGUAUUCAUAUGGGUUGUAUUGAUCUUAUCUUUGUAUAAAGGAAUUGAGUCUGCAGGAAAGGUAGUUUAUUUUACGGCAAUUUUUCCAUAUGUUGCGUUGGUAAUAUUGCUUCUGCGAGGAUUCUUCUUGGAAGGUGCAAUUGAUGUUGGAUUGCAUCAUUUCAUCACACCCAAGUGGUCAGUUUUACUGGAAGUUGACACGUGGUACAACGCUGUUACACAAAUUAUUUACUCCAUGGGAAUCUCCCUCGGUGUUUGGGUCACAUACUCAAGUUUUUGUCCACCAGAACAAAACAUCCUAACAGAUACACUCAUCAUAUCAUUUGCAGACAUUGGAUCCUCUAUCUUAGGAGCAUUGGUUAUAUUUCAAAUUCUCGGGUUUAGGGCGACCAGGAAGUUUGAAGAAUGCAUGUCUGUUGGUAGUGGUAAACGUCUGAACAAACAUGGAAACCACCCAUCAAAUCGUUCUCAGUGUUCGAAAGAAUAUUUCAUGGGACAGGCUUCAUCUGGAUCUGGUCUGGCAUUUAUCGCUUUCUCAGAAUCCAUUAUUCAUUUGCCGGGCUCGCCUUUCUUCUCCGUCAUGUUCUUUCUUUUACUAGUUGCCUUGGGAACAGAUAGUAUGUUUGGCAUGAUUGAAGUGAUUGUGAGUGCACUGCGCAUGAAUGUAAGGCUAAGAAAAAUGGCUAAGGCGAUACCGCUAUUUUUAGUUUGUGCGCCAUUAUUUUUAAUCGGCUUUACCAUGACAACAAGAGCUGGUUCAUACGUCAUGGAUAUCAUCCUGGUGUAUGGCACUGAUUUUCCGUUACUAAUAGUAGCAGUAUGUGAAGUGAUGGCAUUGUCCUACAUCUACGGUGUAAACAAAUUUACAAAGAAACUAGAAAAAACCAACAAACAGAAAUUACAGGGUUUCUUUAAAAUUUCAUGGCGCAUAAUCUCUCCUGUAAUUAUAAUUUGUGUGGUGGGUUUACGAAUAUACACGUACAUAUCUACACAGAACGUAUUUACCGCGUGGAAUGGAGCUCUGGGAAAAACAAUAGAGAUUCCGUACACGCUGUGGUCGACUACCAUGUCGAUCCUACUGUGCAUAUGUGCGCUGCUACCUUUACCACUUGGUGUGAUAUACGGUGUAAGAGAACAGUACAGGAUAAAAUGCAAUUCGUUGGAAUUACAAGAAAUAUCUGUAUGAGGAAACCUGUUUUAACAUGAGGAUUCCUACUCAAUAAUAUUUUUAUAUUUAAUCUGAUAUAUUUGUAAUUAACUUUAUACUAUUUUUAAAAUAAAUAGCAAU